UUUUGAUAAUUUUAAAAAUUUUAACUUAAGGAAAAGAAUAAUGAUUUCAUGUUAAGCAUUUAGUGUAUGUAUUCAGUGUAUGUGUUCUUCUAAAAUAUUUCAAAGAAACAUAAAGUAUUAGUUUUUAUAUAAAGACAAUUACAUACUGUAUUUCCUCUUAAAGUGAUUUACACUAGUCAUCUCCAGUGAUAAAAAUUCAGAGAAACCACAUAGUUUUGAGUUUGACAUUCUAGACAAUUAAAAUAAGACCAUAAACGGUUUCAUUUUGAAAUUUGAAAUUAAUCAGUUUUCACUUUGAACGAACAGAGAACUGAAUAGAAGAAAUGAUUCCUUGCACAUUAUGUUUGAGAAUUUGGCUCUCAAGGUUAAUGGUAGUAUUGCAUUCAGCUCUGAAGCAUUCUAGACCUCUGAAUUGGAUAUUUAACUAAUUAUAUUUUGGGGAGCUCUUUAUUUAAUAGUACAUUUUAGGUGGUUAUAUUCUUUAUUAAAAUUUAAAGUGGAAAAGUAAUGUCUUUCAAAAGACUACGUUAGUCAUUUGAUGAGACAGAAAUGUUUUCAAAAGAAAAGGAAUACUGAGAGUUUAUUGUUAUUUGUCAAAUUGGGUGACAUUUUUCAAUUAUUUUUUCUUCUAUUUCCCUAACAUAAAGCUAAUUAUUGUUAAUAAAUUUUAGUUUGCAUCAUGAAAACAACUAUAACAUAGUUUUACCAUUGUUUUUCAAUGAUACUAUUUCAUGUACUAUAACAAUAACUGUAGAAUCCAUUUUAAGUAAAUGUAUUUUGCCCAUUGUGUAUACCACUUAGAAUCACCUAGCAUUAAAACUAGAAAAAAACUUGGAGAUUAUUUGUUCAUCAUGACAAGAUCUGUAAAGCAUUAUAAAUGGAUUUGAUAUUAUUUUCAAAAUAUACGUGAAUUAUUAAUGAUAAUAUUUGUAAUGGAAUUCAAUCAGUAUAUGUUGGAAUAAGUAUGUUUACAAGCUAAAGAGAUACUUAGAAUAAAGAUAAAUGCUCUGAAUUUCCUGCAAGAUUCUGACAUUUCUAUAUUCUCCAGGGCAAGUAAGAUAAUAUGUAGAUGUAAUAAGAACAAACAUGGAUAGAUUUUCAUAGAAGCAACAACCCAUUAUAAUUUUGAAGGCUCAUAUUUUCUCAAAUUAAAUAUUUUUUACUAACGAUAAACAUGACAAUUUAAAAAUUGCUACUUUCCCUGCAUCUCUGACAGGUAAAUUAUUUAAAUGGCUUCCUACAUCUUCCACCUGUUCACCCUCGUUUGUUGAAAAAGUAAAAACUAUUUGAGUAGCAUAAGAACUAUGAAAACGUUGCAUAUUCUCUGAAGUAUCUUACAUCAAAUUAUCACAGUUCUUCAGUCAAAGUUCUUAUGAGCGUUAGCUAAAUUCAGGGGGCUAGUACAACCUAAAUUAAGUAUAUUUUCAAUAAUAUCAAGGUGUGUUCUUUAUAUAAAGUGGGAGGAAAAUUGACACUUACCAAAUGUUAAUACUUUAAAUGGCUUUUUAAAAAAUUUAUUUGAGUCAUUUUGAAAACUAAGUACUGUAUUCCACUAAUGAUUCUGGGAGUUUAUUUAAAAAUGACCUUUCCCAAAAUUAACAGCGAGAAUAAAGUAGCAAUAGGAAUCCUGAAUGUUGCUGCUAUUACUUCAUUAGACAACUGAAAGGUAAAACUGAGCAACUAUUUUGAAGAUAACAAUACGUAGUAUAACAAGCAUUGUUAAAUUCCUAUCACUUUAUUUUGAAAUCCUGUAUCACUAUUUUGUUGUUGUUGUUUUGCUUUUGUUGCUUGUUUGUUUGCUUGAUUUCUAAUUUUUGUUCUUUUUUUCCUUAAAAUAUAAAAGGAAAAACUGAGACAUAAAAAUACAUAAUAAUGAACUAUGGCACAAAUUAAAAAGGGAAUCAAAUAGAAAAAUCACUUAACAAUUUGCAAAGUCAUGAGUAGGAAAGUCAAUUCUUUAUAAAACAAGUGUGUUACAUUCAAAUUAAGUCAUUUCCAUGUCCUGUUUGGUCAAACAUCUUCAGAAAAUCUUUUUAAUAUAAUUUUAAAGCAAUUUUAUGUGUUUCAUUAGCCUGAAUUUCAUAAUUCCAAAUUUAUCUCUUUUUGUAUUGUGUAUGUUCUAAAAAGCCUUGCAUAAAAUAGUUCUUAUAAGAAGUAAAUCAAUGUACUAUAAUAAAAAAACUUCAGUCAGGAAAUAAGAGACUACAAACAAUAUACAACUAUGUACAUACUAUUUAAUGUGCCAGAGGUAAUUAGACAUAAGCAGAGUAUGUAUGCAUUGAUUCUUAAAUUUACAUUAGUUGGACUAGAUGCAUUAUUAAUUUUAAACAUUUGAUUUCAGUAUUUUACAUUUUAUUUACUAAUUAUCAAAUUAGUUUUUACCUAUCAAGUGCUUAGUACUAAAUACUAUAUAUAAUUUCUCUCAUUUCAUCCUCUUAUAACCUUUUUAAGUAGAUACUAUUACUAUUCCCAGGUUACAAAUAAAAAACUAGCGCGCAGAAUUUCAGUAAUUUACCCAAGAUCAUACAGCUCAUAGUUGGCAGAACUAGAUUUGAAACCAAGCGUCCAAGAUGCUAUCAAUUGGAAGCACACAAGUGCAUAGUUUCUAUACACAAGAAAUGUAAUUCCUCUGAGAUUAAUAUAAAUAAAUCUAUUAAAGAGUAAUUUAAGAAAUAAAUAGAUAAAAUGCAUAAGGUCUCCCCUCUACUGAUAUUAAUUGAAGGAUACCUCACUCAUAGAAUCUCUCAUUCUUAAAAUCAAUAAAGAGGAAAAGUGAAAAAAAAGAAAAUAUGAAAUAACUAGAUCCAUCUUUAUGAUAUGAAAAACAAUGGAGGUCUGCAUCAGCCCAGAAGUAUUCCCAUCAAAUGACAUAGUAUUAUCAUAUACAUGUGAUAUGACAUUUCUACUACUGAUAAUUUAUUCUAAUGCAAAAGAAAAAGAACUACUUCCUACAGAAGUUGAGUAUGUCAUUGAGGAAUACAUUCAUGACAACUGUCAAAACAUUUAUAUCAGCACAUUCAUUGGUGAGCAUAUUAACCAGGCUUAGUUGAUCAGAUUAACUCACAUUCACCUUGGAAAAACCAGGAACACAAGAGACCUAAGGACAUGGAUAGCUAAAAGAGAAAAACUGCAGAACGUCUCUACAAAGUUUUCAUUCUAUAGAUUGUAUUCAUUCCCUAAAAUGGAAGAAGCCAAAAGUCAAAGUUUUGAGGAAGAUUUUGAAGGACAGGCCACACAUACAGGACCCAAAGGAGUAAUAAAUGACUGGAGAAAGUUUAAAUUAGAAAGUGAAGACAGCGAAUCAGUCCCACCUAGCAAAAAGGAGAUUCUCAGGCAAAUGUCUUCUCCUCAGAGUAGAGAUGACAAAGAUUCAAAAGAUAGAGUCCACAGAAAGGUAAGCAUACAAGAAUAUGAACUUAUCAAUCAAGACAAAGAAGAUGAAGAUUGUCUUCGUAAAUAUCGGAGACAGUGCAUGCAAGAUAUGCAUCAGAAGCUGAGUUUUGGGCCUAGAUAUGGGUUUGUAUAUGAGCUAGAAACUGGAGAGCAAUUCCUGGAAACAAUUGAAAAGGAACAGAAGAUCACCACAAUUGUUGUUCACAUUUAUGAAGAUGGCAUUAAGGGCUGUGAUACUCUAAACAGUAGUUUGACAUGCCUUGCAGCAGAAUACCCGAUGGUCAAAUUUUGUAAAAUAAAAGCUUCCAAUACAGGUGCUGGAGACCGCUUUUCUUUAAAGGUACUUCCCACACUGCUUGUCUACAAAGGUGGGGAACUCAUAAGCAAUUUUAUUAGUGUUACUGAACAGUUUGCUGAAGAAUUUUUUGCUGGGGAUGUGGAGUCUUUCCUAAAUGAAUAUGGAUUACUACCAGAAAGAGAAAUGCAUACCCUUGAGGAUACCAACAUGGAAGAAGAUACUGAGUAAAGAUCACUAGAUCAGUAUCCCAUAUUUAUCCUUUACACAUUGAACACUGAUUUUGGUAGUAGCCAUAUUCCUUUAGGAAAUAUUAAAUAUGGACAUGAUUGUUGUAAUUGGGAAAAAGAUUGAUACUAAAGUUGUGUUAUUAGCAUUCUUAAUAUUAGUUACUCAAAUUCAUAGAAUGCUUUAUUACAAAAACACUGUCAGGUUUAGCAAUAUUAUUAGUAAACAAAGAAGAUGUGGAUAAUACUUGUAUGUUGCUUUUCAAAAUUCCUUUCAAGUUAUGUGCUAGCUUUAUUUCUUGUUUUUUCCUAGAGAAAUAUUUUAUCUGUUCGUUCCAAAAUAUAUUAAUUGUAAUUUUGCUUCUGUAACAUAAUAAAAUAUGAGAAAAUAAGUUUUUACAUGAAGUCAACUGUUGUUUAAAUAUUACAUUAUCAAGCACCUCAAACCUUUGUAAGGAUCACAGCACAAAAAUGUUUUUGUUCAAUAAAAUGUCUUAUGUUCUGAUCACAUCAAUAUAAAAGAAAUUUAGAAAUAUUACACUGUAAAAAUAAUGCAUGUGUUAGAAAGGAUGAAAGGAUGGUCUUAGCUUCUGGCUGAAAGAAUAAUGCUUAGUAGUGGUAAUAAUUCCAGCUGACAUUUAAUGAUUGCCAAUGGUUAUCUGGUAUUUUAUACACAGCAUGUCUAAUGAAUAACAUAGAUCUGCAUGUAAGUGGUAUAAUUCCUAUUUUUAAAACAAUGAAGCUGAUUCAGAAAAAUGAAGUACAAAUUCUAUGUUUAUUUCCUUUGAAACUAUAUAGAAGUCGGUCCUCCUAGACAAAAAAUGAAAGUGCAAAAUAAAACAUAAUUUUAAAAUGUUUUUAAAUGCAUAAGUUAUCUAAAAUAAAAAAAAUUUCCAGAUAUCUGAAUCAGAGUAGAAAAAUACUGAUGAGUGAGAGCUGAAACAACUUGGUGCACAACUGAAGAUGUGGUGUGCGAAAAAUACCCAGAAAUGGGGGCCCUGGGAGAUGUGUAUUUAAGUCAGGUGAGCACACUUUUCCCUUUUCCUUAAUGUUGAAAUAGAAUGUGUGUCACAAGUUUUAGACUCUAACUCUUUUAAAUGACUGUUUUGCAGCUUUUGUCCCAUAAGCCUUUUACACCUCUACCUCCCACUGCCAAUGUUUCAUCUUAUUCACAUUUUAUUGAAAAACUAGAAGUUACCAGAUGAGACCUACCCUAUCUUUUCAUCACCAGACUAAAAUGUGCAUGUAAAUAGUAUUUCUAUUGAUGUUAUGAUGAAGUGUCUAUGUAGCUACCUAUUGCCAACUGAUCAAGCUGUGCUGUAGAUCCUGUUCUUUUACGGAUGCUGUAAUUCUCUUUUCAUCUAUGCAAUAAUUUUUGCAGUUGCUCUCUUUCACUCUGCACCACCUUCUCCCUUUUUUAUGCUGUAUUAUUUAUGUUGUCUUUUAAAUAAAUUUUAAAUAAAUA